UACGACGCGGUUCCCCGGAUGCGGCUGUGAUUGACCCAGAGCAGACAGAAGGAGCUCGAGAUCUCAGUGGCGGUGCUCCAGCCCCAGGGGUCGUUGGCAGGAUGCAGACCAUAAAGUGUGUUGUGGUGGGAGACGGGGCUGUAGGGAAAACCUGUCUACUGAUUUCUUACACCACCAAUGCCUUCCCAGAAGAGUACAUUCCGACAGUAUUUGAUAAUUACAGUGCUCAGAUGAGUGUGGAUGGUCGCACCGUCAGCCUUAACCUGUGGGACACGGCAGGCCAAGAGGAGUACGACCGCCUCCGCACCCUGUCCUAUCCACAGACCAAUGUCUUCAUCAUCUGCUUCUCCAUCGGUAGCCCCUCAUCUCAUGCCAACGUCAGGCACAAAUGGCAUCCUGAGGUGUCCCACCAUUGCCCCAACGUGCCUAUUCUUCUGGUGGGCACAAAGAGAGAUUUGAGGGGUGAUACUGAAACAGUGAAGAAGUUGAAAGAGCAGGGUCUGGCUCCUACUACUCAGCAACAAGGCAAUUCUUUGGCCAAGCAGAUUGGUGCAGUGAAAUAUAUGGAGUGUUCUGCUCUCCUGCAGGAGGGUGUCCGUGAGGUGUUCGCUGAAGCUGUGAGAGCAGUGUUGUAUCCUGUCACGAAAAAGAAUACCAAGAAGUGUGUGCUUUUAUAAUGGACACCUCCCUGACCUGGACUGUAGAAUCCACAGGAGAUGAGCUGUGUAAGGUUGUCAUCAAGUACCUGGCCCUGGACAGAGGUGUAGCUUCUCUGUCACGCCUCCUUCUUCAUCUCCUGGAGGACUUGACGCCAUCGCCGUCAUUGCCAAAGUGACUUUGCCAAAGGUGGGCAAUAGACCUAAUCUCCUAUUUUUCUUCCAUUUUAACUUUGAUAUGUACACUUCUCAGAUUUACGUCUGUUAUAGAUUUGUAGCUUCUCUGCUUUGCCUUAUAAAUGCUGAACAUGGUUGUCUCAAGCCAUAAUUAUAUCUAAACCAACCAAGCUACCCUGUUUGACUGGAGAGAAGAGAUCUGCCUUAGUUUGGGUGGAGAAAUAAUUACUACCUCAUGCUCUCACCUAGGUUGCAUCUCAAGAGUCACAAUUGUCACAAAUGCCUAUUUAGUCGCCAAGAAAGAGCUGUGCAGAAGAUGAACACAUUUUAAUUUCAAGCAGGUUGAGUCCAGACGAGGUGCAGUAACUUCUGGGCGAAUGUCAUUUUGGCUCAGAUUAGAGUUUCAACUCUGAGGCCACAGCGUCAUUGUGGCAUGAGAGUCUCUCGGUGCCACGCACCGGGGAUCCAGGCCUUAAGAGAUAAGCAGCCCAUUAAAAUCAACCAACCAUGUGCCCUUCCAAUAAUCGCAGAGCAAGUGUUAUAAGGCCUGUGCUAAAUGAACCCACACGGCGACGGGUCUCUCAAAGUGAAAGUGGGGCUCACGGCUUCCCUCUGCCGCGUCUUACUCUUAAGACUCAAACUGACAGUUUUUUAAAUCAUGUUGAAGAAAUAAUUUGAGGACACAUUUGGGUCAGAGACUUUAUUUCAUUUCCUCUGUAAAUGUUUCCUUCUCUAAAUGUUUUAACCUGACUGUAAGGCCAAAGGUUAAGGCCAAAGUUGAAUAUAUUUUUUGUAAUAGUGUUUAUUUGAUCAGUAAAUGUCUUUGUUAACACUUAUAGACCACCACUUUUUAAUGUUCCUUUUUGUCAUUAUCUUUGCAUAUACAAGAUUGUUAUUAACUGGCUUGCACAAAGCUUAUUGAUAAAAGUCACAGACGAGGAAGCACAUUAUUACAGCUGCAUUAAUCAAUGAGCAGCAGUUCCACUAUGAGCCUUAAACCUGGUCCAGUGCCUUAUCCAAACCAAAGACCACACCACUGCUCCUUCUCAAACCCAAAGUGCCAUGUGACGUUAAAGUGCAUCACACAAACUAAGGGCUCUUUUUAAACAUAUAUUUGUUCUUGUCUGUAACAGUUGGAGAGUGCUAAACUUGCCUCUUAAACAGCAAUUGGUUAACUUGUAAAAUAACCGCAGUGUGUAAUAAACUGUUUACAUCGUUAUGUCAAAGCGGUUGAUCAAAGUCAUGUAGGAUUUCAGUGUUUUUAUGCAUUUUAUAUAUUUUUAAAUAAUGGCCACGGUUAUUUGCCCUUACGUUAGAUAUUAUGUUUAUAACUUGAGCUGGUGUGUGCAGAAGUUAAGAGUGUGGCCUGAGAAACUGAAGAGCAACACAAAGGUUUAAACAAUUUGAGCAAUGCAGAUGUGUGACAUUAUUCGAAGAUCCAUUAUUAGAGAGUUGAAUGUUGAGUACAAACUGUGGUAAGCUCGUCUGUCCUGAGCAGACGCCUGUGUCCCUGAGUUGUAUGCUACGUGUGCGUGGUACUACGCCUUUACACUGGGAACUUGAUUUGUAGAAUCUGUAAUUGUUUUAUAUAUAACAAAACAUAUUUGUAUAAAUGAACUAACAGUGAGAUGAUUUUAAAUUAUGCCAAAUAAAAUGGUGGUUCAAACCAGCUGUUUCUUUCUGA